AUGGCUUAUGAGAAUGCAAAAACUGAAAGACAAAGCCACUCCAGUGGAAAAGACUGGUGCAUUCAAAAGCACAAGGACAGACUUGGGAACAGUUGCGAAUUCAACAGCAAGCUUAAGAGAUGCCGCCGAAGGGGAAAAGUGGGGAAAGGAGGUGCAGCCUCUGGGAGUGACAGUGCUGACAAGAAGUCUCAAGGCCCUAAAGGUGGUGGCAAUGCUGUAAAGGUCAGACACAUUCUAUGUGAAAAACAUGGCAAAAUCAUGGAAGCCAUGGAAAAGUUAAAGUCUGGAAUGAGAUUCAGUGAAGUGGCCUCACAAUACAGUGAAGAUAAAGCCAGGCAAGGGGGUGACUUGGGUUGGAUGACCAGAGGGUCCAUGGUGGGACCAUUUCAAGAAGCAGCAUUUGCCUCGCCUAUAUGUGGAAUGGAUAAGCCUGUGUACACAGACCCACCAGUUAAGACAAAAUUUGGAUAUCAUAUUAUUAUGGUUGAAGGAAGAAAAUAAAAUCACAUGAAAGAC